AUGCAUCUACUUCAGGUUCAACAAAACUGCGCGCUAAAUUCGACUGACGUCCAGUCGAUACCGGACCAAAACUCAGGUAAGCAAUUUUGUGUAAACUUCUUGAAUUAAAGCUUCAACAAAAUAACUGACGAAUCGCAAUAGCUGUAUUACACGUAACACUAGUAACAACACUUGCUAGCGAGAUCUAGCAACAGAUUAAAGCGUGUCACUCUGCGACUUUGGCUAGUAGCUAAAUGCUGUGAGCUUGAUGCUUUGAAUUCAAUGUGUUGUUGUCAUACUAACUAGAUAAUUAUACUUAUUUUGUUGUUAGUUCUAAAGGCAGAUAAGUACUUCUUGUUCAUGUUGGUGAUGUCAACAAGUGUACUGUUGUCGAGACAUUACAUUAGACUGAACGAUGAGUUAUUGUAUUUCCCCUCGAAAAUGUUAUAAUUUUGACAUAUAUUUUAAUCUCUCUGAAGGUAUGGAGGGCGACAGAAUGGAUGUAGGGGAUCUGAAGCAGAACCCCAACGACAUGAACAACAUCCAUGUGGAGGUUCACGUCAAAUCUAACAGGUACUAGCUAGUGCAUAUUCAAAAGCUCUAUUCACACUGAACUAGUAUUACAGUACUGGGGAAUGAAAGUGUCCCAAAUGGCACCCUGUUCCCUAUAUAGUGCACUACUUUUGACCAGGGCCCUCCCAUUGAAUAGGGUUGCCAAUUGGGACACUCAGUUAUGUAAUGAUUUACCCCAGCAUGUUAGUCUUUUCAAAGUUGUAUUCAUGACAUGCUUCCAUUCCUUUCUUCUUGUCCCUAACAACACUGCUCUCUCUCAUCUCUCUCUCUCUCUCUCUCUCUCUGCGUAUUACACUGACUGCAGCACUGCGAAGAGGUCUGACGUGAAGAUGCAUGUCUUGGCCCUGCUGAACCGUCAUCGCAUGGUGUUCGGGGCAUACAGGUGGACAGAGUUUGACGAGGACUUCCUUAUCAAACACGUCCAAUCAGUGGCCAUAGUGGAUGCUGAGAGAAAAGUAAAGUACUAUGACAGCCUAACGGCAUUUACUGUACAGAUAUAUUUUUCUCCGACUUUUUUCCCUCCCUUUCAAGUUGCUUGAGAUAAAUCAUGUCCUGUAGGCACUAAUUGGCACAUACAGUAUGUCUUAGUGGCAAAUUAAUAAUACAUUUUCAGCUGUAUGUUAAUGCAACAUGGUAUGAGUCCCAAAUGGCACCCUAUUCCUUAUACAGUGCACUACUUUAGACCUGAGCCCUAAGGACCCUGGUAAAAAGCAGUACAGUGCACUGUAAGACAUAUGUCUGAUGUUUGGGUUGUUUUCCUCCUCCAGCCCAUAGAUCUGAAGAGCUGCAGUCUGUCCAUCCACAUCUUCACCCUGAAUGAUGACGGGCCCAGCACUCUGAACCUGGAGGAGGAGGAGCUCUCUGCAGCCAAUCACUGGCUCUUACCAGCCGGUGGGUGGGCCCAUGUUAACAGAGAUUCUACUAAUUUACUGUUCUAUAUGUAAUUCUAUGGCUGCCAGGGUUGACGUUUUCUUCUAAAUGGAUUCAAAUACAUGAUUACUCCCCUGUGUGUGGUAUUUUUUUUCAGCUGAGUUCCAUGGCAUCUGGGAGAGUCUGGUGUAUGAGAGCGGGGUCAAAACACAAGUAAGAAACAUUUAUGAUGCGUCCCAAAUGGCACUCUACGGGCCUAUAGGGUUCUGGUCAAAGGUAGUGCACUACAUAUGGGAUACGGUGUCAUUUGGGAAUCAACCUUAAUAACUUGUGCUAUUAACGGAGUGUUGUAGAUAGAUGCCAGUGGUACUACAUUGAUGGAAUUAUUUGAACUGCAUCCUGUUGUCAUCGUCUUUUCCCCUCUAGCUCUUGGAUUACGUCUCAACCACGAUUUACUUCUCUGACAAAAACGUGGACAGCAACCUGAUCUCAUGGAACCGGGUUGUCCUGCUUCAUGGUAACAGAAACAGGAUCUUGUUAACUUGACACAUUAAUAUAAUAAUAUAUUAUAUAUUAUAUAAUAUGAUAAUAGAAUAUGGUAAUACAUUUGAUAUUAAUGUAUAAUAUCCUAUGAUUAUGCCAAUCCUCAAUAUGCUGUAUAUAAUAUGCCUAAAAUAUGGAUGUGCCAACUAUAAUAAGCAUACAUGUGAUAUCUCUAAAAAGCAAUAUAAUUUGAAAUGAUUUCGAUCGUGUGUCUAUAUUUGUGCCCACAUUAGGACCCCCGGGCACAGGGAAGACGUCUUUGUGUAAAGCUCUGGCCCAGAAGCUGUCAAUCAGACUAUCGGACCGGUAAGAGAGAGAGCUCUCGCUCAGAGGAAAGGGCUUUGGCGGAAACUUGUUGCAGGAUGUUUUUCCACCUCCUCUAUUCAUUCCACCAUGUGCUGUAUUCCCAAAUGGAAAUGUACAUAUUGUCAUGGUUUUACCUUGUAUUUUAACUUGAAUGUUUUAUUGUCUAUUAAUCAAUGCAAUAUCCAUGUAUUUCAGAGUCUAUGACUUCCAUGUGGGUUAUAAAAACUUGAACUCCCUGUCCUAUUCUCCCUGCAGGUACUCUUAUGGGCAGUUUGUUGAGAUCAACAGCCACAGUUUGUUCUCCAAGUGGUUCUCUGAGGUACAGUUAGCUCUUCCUGCUUCUCAUUACAUGUCUUAUUGAAUUUACUGGAAUAAACUUUAUUAAUCCCACAAGGGGAAAUUGGAUUUGUCACCAGCAAAACUAUACAACAUCAACAUACAUGAAUACAUCAUUAUUGGUAUUGUUUGACUGUAAACAGGUAAUGUGUCUUUGUUCCAGAGUGGUAAACUGGUCACUAAGAUGUUCCAGAAGAUCCAACAACUGAUCGAUGACAAGCAGGCUCUGGUGUUUGUUCUCAUCGAUGAGGUAAAGUAUGAAUAGCCUACAACAGUGGUCCAGAGGUUUUCCUGGUCAGGUCAUGUGGUCAGGAACAACUCCAGGCCCCAGUUAAAGCCUACAACUGCAGUGCCCUGUUAACUCCUACAGCUGCAGGGCCCAGUUAAAGCCUACAGCUGCAGUUCCCAGUUAAAGCCUACCACUGCAGGGCCCAGUUAAAGCCGACCACUGCAGGGCCCAGUUAAAGCCUACCACUGCAGGGCCCAGUUAACUCUUACCACUGCAUGGCCCAGUUAAAGCCUACCGCUGCAGGGCCCAGUUAACUCCUACAACUGCAGGGCCCAGUUAACUCCUACAAUUGCAGGGCCUAGAGUAACUGUGUUGUUUGAUGACCAGGUGGAGAGUCUGACGGCUGCGCGGAACGCCUCCCAGGCCGGAACGGAACCCUCAGAUGCCAUCCGAGUGGUCAACUCUGUCCUCACACAGCUGGACCAGAUUAAGCGGUCAGUCAGACAUGCUCAUGUUCAGUUAAUCUACCGUGGUUGUUCACACAUUAGGUCCCAUAGAUUGAAGCAACAACUCAUGAAAGCACUGUUUAACAUUACUUCCUAUUACUUGGCGCGUCCCAAAUGGCACUGUAUUCCCACAGUGCCCUGGUCAAAAGUAGUGCACUAUAUAGAGAAUAGGGUGCCAUUUGGGAUACAACCAUGUUCUCUCCAAGCAGCUCUGGCAUUCUACCACUUCAUCCUCCAUCCUCCAGUGUGUUGGUUUGUAUGUAGUUUUACCCAGCUGAUCUUGUAUAUUCCAGGUAUCCUAAUGUUGUGAUUCUGACCACCUCCAACGUGACAGAGAAGAUAGACCUGGCGUUUGUGGACAGAGCAGACAUCAAGCAGUACAUCGGCCCUCCGUCUGUAGAGGGCAUCUUCAACAUCUACCUGUCCUGCCUGGAGGAACUCAUGAAGGUAAAAACACACCAACAUCUGUCUGUCCUGCCUGGAGGAGCUCAUGAAGGUAAAAACACACCAACAUCUCUCUGUCCUGCCUGGAGGAACUCAUGAAGGUAAAAACACACCAACAUCUGUCUGUCCUGCCUGGAGGAACUCAUGAAGGUAAAAACACACCAACUCUUCUGUCCUGCUGGAGAACUACAUAAGGUACAAACCCCCAACAUUCUCGUCCCUGUCCUGCCUGGAUGAAAUGUGCUUAAAGAUGUGUCAGUCUGUAACUCUGGGGUUCGUAUCUUUGAGGUUCUACUGUAGGAUACAGUUACUCUGACCAAAGUUAUUGAGGUGUCUUUUCACUGACAUGUUUGUGUUCAGUGCCAGGGUCUUGACAAAGGUCUUGUACCGAAACGUCAACCUCAAUAAAUGCGUCCAGAGGUAGAAAUCAUGUGUUCUUUCCCCUUUUUGUGUAAUGGGUCUAGUGCCAGAUCAUCUACCCCAGACAGCAACUGCUGACCAUGUUUGAGCUGGAGACCAUGGGCUUCAGGGAGAGCAACGUGUCAGAGCUCAGCCUGCUUCUCAGGAACAUCUCCAUGUGAGUACUGGCCCUCAGUAGCGUUGCCAUUCAUAUCUCAGACCUGCCACCCAGCUACUACCUUUGAGAAGUGGCCCCGUGUAGCUCAGUUGGUAGAGCAUGGCGCUUGCAACGCCAAGGUUGUGGGUUCGUUUCCCACGGGGGGCCAGGGGGACCAGUAUGAAAAUGUAUGCACUCACUAACUGUAAGUCGCUCUGGAUAAGAGCGUCUGCUAAAUGACUAAAAUGUAAAUGUAAGUGUGUGUGUGUGUGCGCGUGCAUGCAUUGGAUUAUAUCAGAGUAGAAUUGAAUGAUGUUUUGCGCUUAUUUCUCUUGUUGACUUUUCCAGAAAGAGCAAAGGGCUCAGUGGAAGAGCGCUGAGGAAACUACCCUUUUUGGCCCAUGCUCUUUUUGUGAAGGUAUUUAGAAGUUUUCAAAUGUUUCACGCAAAAUUCAAACAGGUUUUUUUGAAGAAGAAUUAUAUGGGAAGAUUUUUUUUCUCUUAAGAAACUAUUUUUAUAUGGAAAGGGUGCUGCUCAUUGCGUUCCUAUGCAACAAGAAUCUGACUUGUCUAUGAUUUCUUGUUGCCAGACCCCGACAGUGGCCCUGGAGAGGUUCCUGGAGGCCAUGGACCUAGCAGUGGACAAACAGAUAGAGGAGAGGGACAACCUAGUCAACUGUCUGUGAUCUACAGUGACUUUGUCUCAAAUAGCACCCUAUACCCUUUUAUAGUGCCCAUAGGGCUCUGGUCAAAAGU